AUGGCUGCAACACCACCCACAGAGACCACACCUGGUCCUCCCCCAGCCAACUCCUCUUCAGAUCCAGCCAAUCCCCAGUCGCAGGACCCAAACAUGGCCAACCCUCGCCUUCUUGUCAACCGCGCCUGUAUCUACGAACGCCAACUCCCAGGCGACGCGUACAUCACCGCGCAUGUCCAGCGCCUCCAGCACGGCUUCUACUCGAGCACCGCCGUGUCCGACAAGGACGCAGAGCAUGUGGAUUUCCUCGCCAUCAACUUUGUCUUCCACUCGCCGCACACGCUCUCCCACCGCUUCAAGUCUGCCACCAUCCGCGCCUCGAUCCACGGCGGUCGCGAAGUGUCUACCUCGGCCAUGUAUCCGCACGGCUACCCGCCAGGCAACCCGCGCUUUCUGAUGCACGCACCGCACUUGAUCUACGGCACCGUGUCCCCAGAGACCUUGGAAUGGACAUUCAGUCUUGCCGGAUCGCUGGGCAUCUCCGAGACGCCGUUCAGCGCCAGCGUGAUUCCCUCGGGCAGCAUGAACGGCCAGUAUCGACGGUACGAGAUGAUGCGCAUCCAGGGCUCGGCGCGCACGCUGAAGAGCCGCCUCGGCCCGGAGUUCGACGUCGAAUCCGGUGAGAUCGUCUGGUCUCUCGAGGAAAACAAUCUGCAGCGCUCCGGCCUGCCGCGCGAGUUCACUUUUGUCAUGCUCAUCCAGAAACCCACUGCCGAUAGUCGCGUCGGGCUGUCCAUCGAUAUCGAGCCCGUCAUCCAGACUUGGUUUGGCAGUUACCCGGGCUGGUACCUGUCCCUGUCAGCGUUCCGGCCCAAGCUGCGUCGCGGUGUGGAUUUCCGGCAGGAGACGGGGCAGCGCUUCGAGCCGGUGGAUAAGACGGGGCGGUUCAAUUUCGCGGCGUUGGAGAGCUCGUUCGAUGACUACAUCGCCAUGCCGGGGAGGAAGUACAGUCGCCAGAUCCAAAUUCCCCCCGACAAUUCUCUCACGCCCAUCAAUAACUCUCUCCAGCAGAACUAUCCGCAGAACUACCCGCAGAACUACCAGAGCCAGUACGGAAUGAACAUGAACCCGAUGCAAAUGCUCCUGAACAGCAGCCUCUCCGCGCAAAACAGCUUCGCAGAAACCCAGCUCCGACGACUGCACACGCAGACUCUUCCUUUCGGCAACAUGCCCUCAACUGCUUCUUCCAAUAUGGCAACCAAUGCCAAUGCCAAUACCAAUACUGCAGCCCCUGCCACAACAUCCACCGUACAAACCGGGUCUGCACCCGCGCCCGAAGCAAACACAAUCAACAUCCGCCUCCUUCUCGACCACGCCACAGCCUCAAACAUCGCCAACAUGCGCGUCCAGAGUCCGCGUCCGCGCCGAGUUCAAAGCCCGCAGACCUCCCGACCAACUCCUACAACUUCGAGGGCGACUGCCGCUGCGCCUGUCGGCGGCCCCGGGCGCCGUCCCGAGACGACGUUGCGCCGUACCCGAUCGCGGGAGUUUCUCAAUACAGGCUUCUUCAGCGGUGCGAACAUGAACGCGAACACGAGCACGGUGGCUAGUUUCAGCAUGCGCGAUGCGGCUAGCUCUCUGCGCGAACUCAAAGAUGACGAUGACGAUGAUGAUGACAAGGAGAAGGACGAGCGCGACCUCGGCGUUCAGAAACACGGUGGUAGACCUCGACCCCGUCCAAAUGGGGUUCACCGCGUCAUGACGAUGGCGAAUCAGCCGUUGACGGCAUCCAUGCUUGCUUCUUUGGCGGAGCGUUAG